GGCCCCGCUCAGUCGCGGGCGGCCGGCGGCGGGCAUGGCUGGGGGGCGGUGGGCGAGCGAGCUUGCCCUGAGCUGGGGCUGCUGCCUCCUGCUCUGCUGCGCUGCAGCCAGCAAGCCAGAGGUGGUGGAAGUGGAGAGUGGGGGCACAGCCAGGAUCGAGUGCAACGUUGACAUCCCUGGGAAUGGUUCCUACACCUACAUCGACUGGUUCUAUAUGAACCGCAACAACCGGGUUGAGCUGUGCCGCGUCACGGGCACCGAGAUCCUGGAGGAGAACUCUGACUACAAGGGGAGGCUGCAGGUGGGGGAGGACAAGGCCCUCUCCAUCAGUCGGGUGACAGUGCAGGAUGCCAGGACCUUCCUGUGCCAGGUUGUGGUGGGAAGCCACGAGGUGGGCGAGAGCCACACCGAGCUCCGUGUCUACAAGGUCCCCCAAAUCCCCGAGAUCGUGGCCAGCUCAGGAGGCAUCUCUGUGCAGAGCAGUGACAUCUCAGAGAUUGCCCAGUGUGUGAGCAGGAACAGUUUUCCAGCCCCCAACAUCACGUGGCACAAGAAUGGGGAGCAACUGCAGGCAGAGGAGAAGACGGUGAAGAUCACGGCCACGCGGACCCGGGAGUCGAGUGGGCUGUACACGGUGAGCAGCACCCUCUUUGCCCACGUCACCCGUGAGGACCGCCACUCCCUGUACCACUGCACGGUGCACUACCACCUGCAGGGACAGCAGCGUGCCCUGGAGUCACCCCGAGUCAACAUCACUGUCUUCUACCCCGCGGAGCACGUGAAGCUCCAGGUGGUGUCAUCCUCAAACCCCGUGAAGGAAGGGGACGAUGUGCAGUUGGUCUGUGAGGCUGAUGGGAACCCAGCACCCGUCUUCAGCUUCUACAAGAGAGAGCUGGAGGGCAACUGGCAGGACCUCUCCUCACUGGCUGACACCAACUCGGGGGUGCUGGACCUGCACGAUGUGAACAAGAACAGCAGUGGCUUCUACAGGUGCCGAACCCUGGACUUGGAUGAUCUGAGAGAGCUGGAGGAGGACGUGGAGCUCUUUGUGAACUACAUCGAAGGGGUCCAUGUGGAGAUGGAGCCAUCCUCACCCCUUUGGGAAGGGGAUAGUGUGAGGCUGAGCUGCAGUGCCCGCAGCCCUGUGGACCUGGUCUUCCAGUGGAUGGAAUGAGAAGGUGAGAAGGUUGCUGACGGGAACCAGCUCCGCCUGAACAACCUCACCUUCGAAACCUCCAGCACUAACAGCUGCAGAGUGAUGGCACCGACCGUGCCGGGGCUGAACCAGAGCAAGCAGGUGCCCGUGGCUGUUCGGGGGAAGCCACGGAUUGUUGCUGUCUGCUCCCCGCUGUUUGUGCGGCAGGACGAGAUGGUGACCCUGACCUGCAAAGCCAUCGCCUACCCCCCACCUUCUGUCCACUGGAGCAUCAACGGGACGGUGAGAGCUGGGGAGGAGUACGUGGAAAACCGGCGCGUGGCCAGCAACCUGACGGUGCGGGUCAGCCACGAGCUGCUGCGGGCAGGAGCGCAUCGUGCAGGGUGUCAUGAGGCUGGUGUCAUGAGGAAACACAUCCAACUGCUGGAUCAAAAGACACCCGAGAGCAAAGGGGUGAUCAUCGUGGCCAUCAUUGUCUGCAUCCUGGUGGUGGCUGUGCUGGGGUCUGUCAUCUACUUCCUGCACAAGAAAGGCAAGAUCCCCUGUGGCCGUGCUGGGAAACAGGACAUCACAAAGCCAGAGGCACGUAAAGACAAGAUUGUAGUUGAAGUUAAGUCAGAUAAACUUUCCGAAGAGGCGGGGCUCCUGCAGGGUGCCAACGGGGAGAAGAGAGCUGCCACUGACCAGAGCGAGAAAUACAUCGAUCUGAGGAACUAGAGAGGGUGCCUACUAAGUGCUUUCUUCCUUCAAAACCUUUCCUGCUCUUGGAUUGCCUUGUCCACCCCUGCAGCAGUCAGUACCUGGGGAGCACAGCCAGAGACAAUUCCUGCAUCGUGGUGCUGAGCACACAGGGUACCCCCUCCUGGCUCACCUCUCUCUUACCUCAACCCUGGGCUUGCAGGUUGUCAGCUUAGCAGCAGCAAAGCCAGACUCGCUCACUACUACAGAGAAGCCAACAGCAAUAUCCGUAAGAAAGAUCCCAUUGGGCUACCUGGAGGAAGGAUUUUUGAGGCUUUUUCUUUUUUUUUUGUUUUUUUUUUUGUUUCAGGAAAUCUGUCUUGUCUGUAUGUGGGAAAGCUUUGAUGUGUUUUACCCCCAAACUUGCUCAGACACGCUGGGGAAUCUCACUUUUGGGAUGUCCCAGGCACCUUAGAGGUGGUUGGGGUGUGCAGGUUGGACAAGGAAAGGAUGGGAGUGGGAUGUUAACGAGUGGCACUCGUUUCCCAGCUGCUGGGGAGGUGUUGGUGCUUUGGGUUUGCCUUUUUGGACUCUUCUUGUGUUGGUUUCACCCAGGUGUCCUGGUGAGUGCCAGGCAGA